GGUGGAGCUCAGGACAAGUAAAGGAGGUGGUGAAUUUGGUGAAAGUGAAAUGACACUCCCAGGUGCUUCGCAGGUAUUGAGUUGGCUGUAGGAUUGGGCCGGAGGUAACUGAAGGAAAAACAAAGGGGCAACAAGGGUUUGGCUGACACGAGGGAGUCGUGAGCCAGCUGGACACUGGUCACAAUCUCUAGAUCCAGUACCUCACCCUGCAAUGUCUGUUGACACCUUACAGUCCUCUGGGGUGGGAGCCCCUCUGCCCUCCGAGAUGCCCCUGCGUAUCCGCAACAAGGGGCCUGAGUACUUCCGCCAGCCAGUCAAAGGCACAGCGUGUAAACCAAGUGCAGUGGAAAGGCUGGAGGCUGACAAACUAAAAUAUGUGAAGAGCAAACAGGUGGCAAGUACCAGGCAGGAGCCAGUCCGACCAGUGCUGACCAAGCAGCCCCUCUUCUCUCCCGGGGUGCGACCGGAAUUACUCACCCCAAACCGCAGGAUACCCCCACCUGCCCUGCGCUUACCGAGGCCCAAGAACUCCCUGAACAUGGAUGUACUUAACAAGCUCAUUAAUCUUUGUGACAGUCCAUUAAAGUCUCCACAGGGGGAAGUAGCACCCUGGCAGGAACAGAAGGAGCCUCCGCAUUCACCAAGUACCCCUAAUAGUUCUCGAGCUCCUAGCAUAGCAGCAGUGCGAAGAGUGGAUGUAAAGCCUGGGAAAGUCCUGCUCCCUGCUCCAUGCACAGAGAUCCCUUUAUCUCCUGCCAGCCCCCUCUGCUCUCCAAACGGUACUCCAAGUGACCCAGGCAAGAGAAGGUCCCAGCUGCAGCGCUCCAAGUCCGACCUGAGUGACUGCUUCUCCCGGGUCAGCGCCAACCUUGAACGCUUUUUCAAUUACUGUGGACUGGACCCUAGAGAGGUGGGCAACAUUGGAGCAGAGUACUUUGCCUGUGCCAACUCCGACAUUGUCUCAGCCAAGUUCCACAGCGUCAGUUCACCUGGUUCUGAGUUUGCCCAUUCACAGUUUAGUGAGGCCACUGCAGAGGAGACACCCACCAAACGCUUGCCCUAUGGCAUCUCUAUCAUUGAGCGCAAUGCCAGGGUCAUUAAAUGGCUGUAUGGACUAAGGCAAACCAAAGAGUCCCAAAAAAUAUCACCACAGGAACCUGUGGGGAAGGAAAGGCUUGUGUCAGACUGAUAUAUGGACUGGUUUCUGUUUUCAAGCAAGUAGUGUUAGUUCUUGUUCUGCACUUCUGGGAUAGGACUCCAAUCAUGCACUAUUAUGUACUAGUAUGGGAUUGUAUGAUUCUUGCACCGUGCUCAGUACUUGUUAGGACUGUUUAACUUCCAUGGUCUGCUAUGUGCUUGUAUGGGAUGGUAACACUUCUGGACUUUAUGUAUUUUGAUGGGACAAUAACACUCCAGUGCCCUGCAUGUAGGGUUGCCACCUUUUCUGGAAAAAAAAAUACCGGCCUUCCUAUAUAUUUAUCUUUUUUCCCUAUUAAUAACAUUGGGAUCAACCAUCAUUUUUACCGGCUAGGCCAGUAAAACAGUGCCGGGCCAUGCUGGGCAGGCGCCCUAGGCAGGCCUGGCAGUUUCAGCGCCUAUUUAGUGUGCGCGUGCGCGAAUUUGCGCGCGUGCGCAUGCGCAGAAGCGAACAGAGUGCGAAAACUACAUAGAGUCGGCCAGCGAAGGGAACCGGACUUGGGGUAGGCGACAGAGGAGGUACGUGCCUGGCGCCCUAGGCACGUGCCUACUCUGCCGACCCCUAUUUCUGGCCCUGCAGUAAAAUAUCGGCCUGGUGGCAACCCUACCUGCAUGGCAUCUGUAUGAGAGUGUAUGACUACCUGUCUGUUCCUGUAUGAGAUUGUGGGACUUCAUCACCUUGCUCUGUGCCUGUAAAAGACUGCAGGGAAAGUGGGGUGGGAGAGAGUUAACGCCUUUUGCUGUAAGCUCCUGGGAGAGUUAACAUGGGUGUACGCCUUUUGCUGUAAGCCACCCAAAGGACCUAUAAGUACAUUUUUCUGUUGAUUCUGCAAUAAAUAAGCCAGAUGCAUGGCACUAGACUCAUGUACAACUGAAUGAGUGGGUGAAGCUUGUUACUGAUGUGUAACCAAGGAUAGUCUGUUUAUAUUGCCAUUCCCCAUGAAUUUUUCUCUUAACUACCUUUACAUUCACUGUUAGUAUGGGCUUGUUCGCAGCAACAUUUCAAUUCGUUUUGCAAUUUUAUUUUGUAUGGUGGUUGAAUAACUGGUGUUCAUUCUGAUCACACAACUGAACCUGCUUAUCAGGGGGUCGCUGACCCUAUCAAUCAUUAAACAUAUCUCCUGUGA